AUGCCUCUCUCCGAUCUAGACCAAGAUAUCACGCCUAUCCCCCGUUCGCGGGAGGAGAAUCAAGAGAGAGCCUUUAUUGCGGCAUCACGACGAAAGGAUCGCAGCUUAGAUGCUCGUCUGGAAUCUGCUAACCGGGCUUCUAUGUUGCAUAAGAAGCGCACGGGCAAGGCUUUCCACAUCACCAAGGAGAUUGUUGAUAAGGAAGCCAUGUAUGAAGAGGUCGAUGAACGGUAUCAAGAAAAACGCAUCCUGAUGCUGCAACAACAAAAUACCGAAAUUGAAAAGCAAUUCACAAACCAUCUACUGGCAGCCUUUGCAGCCCGCACGCAAUUCAAUGCAUCUUCGAUUCACAACCGGCGAGCAAGCCACAUGACCGCACGCCCAUCAGUCAAUCGUGGUCCCCGAAAGAUGAGUCUGGAUCUAUCUAAUAUCCGCUCUUCUUUCUCCCAGGGUCCAGGCUCAAUGGAAAGCCCAAUGACAACCGGUGAUGGAUACGUACUAUCGCCCACGGCAUCAUAUGACCAGAGCGGCCAGCCCUACAUGGGCUGCAUGGAUGGUUCCGAGACACCAUACUCCAACAUGUUCUCUGCCUCGACAGGAACCCCAUCAGGACAAAUGUCAGCCUACAUGAACCAAGCCUCAGCACCAGCCUGGAACUCCCAAGUACCUGCCUGGGCCCCGAUGCAACAGCAACAGCAGCAACAGAACCCAACCCCUGGGCAAACCCCCACAGACACGCACAACGUGCAAAUGUGGCAGCAACAAAUGAUGCAGCAGGCCGAGAUGCCCGACUCGGCAAUCCAAAUGCAUCAGUUCAGAGAUCGCCUUGCGUCCGCACCGGAGUUGCAUCUGCAGCACGCAGCUCCACCGCUUUCCUCAGCAUCCAUCUCGGGCCCCACCGGCCAUGGCCCUACCCAUGGUCACUCACGCGGCCAGUCCCAGCCGUCGAACUUCCACAACCUCCAUCUGCUUAGCCAGAACUCGCAGUUUUCGCAAUCCCAGGUCGCCCCCUCCAGUCUUAGUUCCCCUAAGAUCGAGUCGCUGUCGGCGGGCACUCACUCCACUUCGGACUUCUGUCCCACUCCCAGUACCCCGCUGUCGCCGACGACUGCUGCAGCGCAUGUUACCAUGCCGCCGGUUGGGAAGGUCGAUGGUGAUGGCAUCAUGGUCUCUGGUGAGGGGAUGGAUCCCGAUUACACGGAUUUCAGUCAGUUCGCUUUCCACUUGGGUAACUCGACUGUUCCGCUUGCCGAUCGUGACCAACCUUUUGGCUUUGAUGAUUUUAUCGCUGUUGAUGAUUUCACCAGCGUCUCUUGUUGA